AUGCACAGAACCAUCUAUCCGGCGCAGUUGUUCAGAACAAAUUACCAAAGUUUCCUUAAGUUCUCGUCCAAGCCAACACAAAUUCGCACCCUGCCCGUGGACCUCCCAUCUUGCAUUGCAUCACUACAAUCAUGUGCCCAAAGACAGGACCUUUCAGAAGGCAGAAAACUUCACUCCCACAUGAUUGUUAAUGGGCAUCUUGAGUCUCCUGUUUCUGCAACUAGCCUUAUCAAUAUGUACUCCAAGAGUAACUCCAUUGCUGAUGCUUUAUGGGUUUUUCAUGCAUCAAUUCGCAUUCACAACGUGUUUGUUUAUAACGCAAUUAUUGCAGGUUUUACUGCUAAUGACAUGGCAAAUGAGGCUUUUGAGUUUUAUUGUAAAAUGCAGCUAAUUGGUAUAGAACCUGAUAAGUUUACUUUCCCUUGUGCAAUUAAGGCUUGUCCAGAUGCUGUAAGUUUGAAAAGGAUUCAUGGUUUGUUGUUUAAACUUGGGUUAGAAUUUGAUUUGUUCAUAGGCAGUGCAUUAGUGCAUUGCUACUUGAAGUUUGAUUUAAUUAAUGAGGCACAAGAAGUGUUUGAGGAAUUGCCUAACAGAUAUGAUGUUGUGCUUUGGAAUGCUAUGAUCAAUGGGUAUACGCAGAUUGGGGAGUUCAAUAAUGCUUUGGAGAUUUUUAGGAGGAUGGGUGAAUUCAGGAUAUUUCCUAAUAGAUUUACCAUUACAGGAGUUUUAUCAGCUUUGGCUCUAGCUGGGGAUGUUUACAAUGGUAAGUUAAUUCAUGGGUUUGUGAUAAAACUGGGGUAUGAUUCUGGUGUUGCAGUUUCAAAUGUGUUAAUUGACAUGUAUGGGAAAUGCAGGCUUGAGAUGAAUGCAUUGAAGAUUUUUGAGGACAUAGUUGAAAAGGAUUUAUAUUCAUGGAACUCAAUUAUAAGCGUCCAUGAACAAUGUGGUGAUCAUGAGAGAACUUUGAGUCUUUUCAAGAGGAUGUUACGUGCUGGGGUUUGGCCAGAUUUGGUGAGUGUUACUGCUGUACUUCCUGCAUGCUCAAAUUUGGCUGCAUUGAUGCAUGGUAGGGAGAUUCAUGGGUACAUGAUUAUUAAUGGGUUGGGAGAGGACGGAGGUACAUACAUUGACAAUGCUGUUAUGGAUAUCAUCAAGGAUGACGUCUCUGGGAAGUUCAUUUCUUUGUGUGAUCUGAUUAAGGGAGUCCUGAUGCUAUGCUUAUUCUUUCUCCUGAGCUCCUUCCCCGACUUUUGCCUUUCUUCUUAG